UAUAAAUGGUACCUUGGUCAUUUCAUCAAUAUUUGGGCGGAAAAUGAAAGUAAGUAUGAUUUAGGGAGAGUCAAUUUAUUGUUGCCAUCGCGCCAAAUCAUCGUGCUGCCUUGUCUCUGUAUUCAAGCACAACUGUGUGUGCUGAUCACAGGUUUUGGUUGACUCACUGUGAAAGCUUAACUGAGAGCAAACAUGGAUGUUGAUUCACAGCCAACUAUGGAGGAAACUAUAUUGGUUGGUGAUGAUCUGAUGAUGGGACCGCCAUCACCUAUCAUCCCACCAGAAAUUGCUUCUCAUGUUCUUGAAGGUGUUGAUUUAUGUGAUGACAUUCUAAGAACUCUAUUCCUGUGCCUGCAAAUCAAUGGCACCGAGCCAUUCUGUCAGGAUGAAAUUUCUUUGUAUCGAGAUUGUUCUGAAAAGAGGGAUAAGGAACUACGGCAGAGGCUUCAGGAUAGUGAGCACAAAUUGGGAUUAUCAAUGCCUUUAGAUCAAGCAAAGGAAAGAGCUGCUCAGCUUGAAUCAGAAGUCACAUCAUUGGAAAGGCGCUUUAUUCUUGCCAGUGGAAUGGAAGGAAUUGAAGGAUUCCGUCAGAGAUGGAGUUUACAUGGUCGUCUUACAGAUACCAAGAAAAGGCUAGAGUCCCUAAAGCAGGGAAUGGAGAAGAGAAAGAAGGAUGAACCUGCAGUAGUUCCAACAGGCAAAAAAUGGUUCUUUUGGUGAGGGGUGUUGCUGCAUUUGCUUAAAUUUCACCAGGCAGAUAACAAGAAAAAAACAGCAUACACCUAGCAUUCAGCUUGCGCUUUUAACUCUUGACAGUCUGUGAUUCUGUUCCAUCAUAAACUUUAAUGUGAAGUCUGUAUUCCCUCUCAGUUUUCUUAAAAGGUGUGAUCCUAUUGUUUUUA